GUUCGCAGGGUAUUUAAGAGCAUGGAAAGGAAAAGAAAAAAAAUAAAAAUAAAAAUCAAAUCUUGUAGCGGUUGCUUUCCUCCACUGCUUCAACCUCCAUUAUCUCUAACCUCGAAGGUAUGCCUAAACAUCACACAAACGCUCUCUCUCUCUCUCUCUCUUUGACAAACAUUCUCAAACUGUGACUUGCACUUUCAUUUGCGGUCCCUGAAUUUUACAUUUCCAGAACAAACUGAUUGAUGCACGGAACUUUUUAGAGAGUAGGUCGCUGUGAAUCAUGGCCUUGCUUAAGCUUUCCAUUUCUUUGGAUACAUUUGAUUCAAAGAAGUUCAAUGUAAGUCCCGCUCAACCGUCGAAUUGGUGCUCGGUGUAUUCUAUCUUUAGUUACAUUCAUGUAAGUAGAGCUUGUGCGAGUUCAAUCAAUCCAUUGAAUAGGAAGCAGAUUAAUGUCUCUCGAUUCAACAUUGAAUUGCCUGAGAUUUCCGAUUCUAAUCAAGCUAACAAGGACAUUGUUUUGUCUUCAACUAAAGGUUUGGUAAAUGAGAGCGUGAUUGAGCAAAAGCCGGAUUUUAAACACAAAGUUGGAAAAAGGUUUCUGGGUUCAAAGAAGGUUAAAAGGGAAGUGGGGUUGGAGUUUAGGUUCGGAAGGAAUGAUACAGACAGAGAAAUAGAGAACUUAUUUGUGGGUGAUGGUGAAUUAGAUGUUGACUACUCUGCUAUUGGGUCUGACUUGAGCUUGGAGCAUUGUAAUGCCAUUUUGAAACGGCUCGAGAAGUGUUGUGAUAGCAAAACUAUGGUUUUCUUCGAGUGGAUGAGAAGCAAUGGAAAGUUAGAGCAGAAUAUGAGUGCUCAUAAUAUAGUUCUUCGGGUACUGGGUAGAAGAGAAGAUUGGGAUGCAGCAGAGGCCAUGGCGGGUUUAAGUAUUAAAUUGGCUGGUGAAUUGGACUGCCGGGUUUUUAAUACGGUCAUAUAUUCAUUUUGUAAACUAGGGCGAGCAGAGUUGGGUGCAAAGUGGUUUGGUAUGAUGCUAGAGAAUGGGGUUCGGCCUAAUGUUGCUACUUUUGGGAUGCUCAUGGGACUUUACCAGAAGGGUUGGAAUGUUGAAGAGGCAGAGUUUACUUUCCGCCAAAUGAGAAAUUUUGGAAUUGUAUGCGAGUCAGCAUACUCAGCAAUGAUCACAAUUUUUACCCGUUUGAAUUUGUACGACAAAGCAGAAGAGGUUAUUGACUUGAUGACAGAAGAUCAAGUGGUUUUAAACUUGGAAAAUUGGUUGGUGAUGCUGAAUACGUUUAGUCAGCAAGGUAAACUAGAGAAAGCUGAACUCGCCUUAUCUUCGAUGCAUGGAGCAGGGUUUCCCCCAAAUAUUGUAGCAUACAAUACAUUGAUAACGGGGUAUGGGAAGAUAAACAAUAUGGAUGCUGCUAAACGCAUUUUUCUGAGCAUCGAGGAAAUUGGAUUAGAUCCUGAUGAAACCACCUACCGAUCCAUGAUUGAAGGUUGGGGUCGUGUAGACAAUUAUAAGGAGGCAUACUGGUACUAUAAGGAGCUUAAGCGAUUGGGAUACAAGCCGAACUCAUCUAACUUGUACACACUAAUAAACUUGCAAGCCAGACAUGAGGAUGAAGAGGGUGCUGUUAGAACUCUCGAUGAUAUGUUGAAGAUGGGAUGCCAAUGUUCGACCAUCCUUGGAACUCUUUUGCAGGCAUAUGAGAGGGCAGGAAGGAUUGAUAAAGUGGCACAGAUUUUGAACGGUCCUUUGUAUCAACACAUUCUUGUUAACCAGACAUCUUGCUCCAUUUUGGUUGCUGCAUAUGUGAAACACUGCUUGGUCGAUGAUGCUAUAAGAGUGUUGGAGGAAAAAGUCUGGAAGGAUUUACCUUUUGAAAAUAACUUGUAUCAUUUGUUGAUUUGCUCAUGCAAAGAGUUGGGUCAGCUUGAGCAGGCUGUUAAGAUAUACACUCAAAUGCCUAAACAUGAUGACAAGCCGAACUUGCACAUUUCAUGCACAAUGAUUGACAUUUACAGUGUCAUGGGUCUGUUCCCAGAAGCUGAGAAAAUUUAUCUGAAGUUGAAAUCUUCAGGAGUUGCCCUGGACAUGAUUGCUUUCAGCAUUGUUGUAAGAAUGUAUAUUAAAGCUGGAUCUUUGAGAAAUGCGUGCGCUGUUUUAGACAUUUUGGACAAGCAGAGGGACAUUGUCCCAGAUGUGUACCUGCUGCGUGAUAUGCUCCGAAUAUAUCAGAGAUGUGGCAUGCUGGAGAAAUUAGCUGAUCUAUACCAUAAAAUCAUGAAGAUUGGAAUGACUUGGGAUCAGGAAAUGUACAAUUGUGUGAUAAACUGCUGCUCUCGUGCUCUCCCAGUUGAUGAGCUUUCCAGGCUUUUUGAUGAAAUGCUUCAGCGUGGGUUUUCUCCUAAUACGAUUACCGUCAAUGUCAUGCUUGAUGUUUAUGGAAAAUCCAAGCUUUUCACGAAAGCUAAAAGGUUGUUCUGGGUGGCCCAAAAACGAGGAUUGAUAGAUGUGAUCUCGUACAAUACUGUUAUAGCUGCAUAUGGCCAAAAUAAAAAAUUCAAAAACAUGUCAUCAAUGGUUCGAAAGAUGCAAUUUAAUGGCUUUUCAGUUUCCCUUGAGGCCUACAAUUGCCUGUUAGAUGCUUAUGGGAAAGAUAAGCAGAUGGAGACAUUUCGAAGCAUCUUGCAGUUAAUGAAGGAAUCAAAUUGUGCUUCUGACCACUACACAUAUAAUAUAAUGAUCAAUAUUUAUGGAGAGCAAGGAUGGAUUGAUGAAGUUGCUGGUGUACUCACAGAAUUGAAAGAGCAUGGACUUGGACCUGAUUUGUGCAGCUACAACACAUUGAUCAAGGCAUAUGGAAUUGCAGGAAUGGUUGAAGACGCUGUAUGUUUGGUCAAGGAAAUGAGAGAAAAUGGGAUAGAACCAGAUAAGAUAACAUACAUCAAUCUGAUAAGUGCACUGCAGAAGAAUGAUAAGUUUUUGGAGGCUGUUAAGUGGUCCUUGUGGAUGAAGCAGAUGGGUUGGUGACAAAGUUGAUUGAUUGGGUCUCUUGUUUUUUAAGCCUAUUUAUACCUGAAAACAGCCUGAGCCCAGUGCUUUCCAGUUACUUCUUAAACAGAACUCAGACUUUUGCUGCCUAUGGCUGAAUGAUUUUGCUGAUUCUUGCAUGAAGCAAUUCUUAAUGUUCAGGAAGCAUUUCUGCUGAUAAUAUAGUUUCAACAAAUAUGC